AGCAUCUUCAACAAUCAUGCGCAGCACUUCCAAUAUUUAUAUGCUAAAUUCUCUCCACUAGCCUUGGCAUCCUUGCAGCAAUUAGAAAAGUUUCAGCAUCAUGUCGCAACCAACAAAGAUAAAAGCAGUCUUCUUUGACUUCAUGGGGACAUGUCUUGAUUGGCACAGGAGUGUCGUGCAGGCUCUACCUCCCGCCAUUCCUGAAGCCGAAGCUUCCAAACUCGCUCUCGAAUGGCGGAGACGUUACUUCAUCGCCAACAGCGAGCGCCUUGCUCAAAAGCUUGAACCUGAAGACAUAGAUGACACGCUCAUUCGCGUGCUUGACAACGUACUGGAAGACUCACCAGAGCAUAAGCGACAUUUCGAUGCGCCAAUCAAAGAACAGUUGAUUACUGCUUGGCAUUCUCAACCAGCUUGGCCAGAAGUUCGAAAGGCAAUUCAGUCGAUCCGAGACGAUCUUGGUCUGGAAGUCUUUGUUCACGCCAAUGGUACAACACGUCUGCAGCUAGACCUAACUCGCUUCGCUGGGCUCAAUUUCAAUAUGCUCUUCUCCAGCCAACUGUUGGGGACGUACAAGCCAGAUCCCGAGGCGUACAACAAGGCGUUGCGACUCGUCAAGCUCAAACCUGAAGAAGUUGUGUUGGUUGCGGCUCACGCAUACGAUCUGAGAGGAGCUCAAAAUGUUGGAAUCAAGACGAUUUACAUUCAUCGUUGGACGGAUGAUGUUGAUGAGGAUAUGGAGAAGGUGAAGGGAGAGUUUGGUGCUUUCCUGGAGGGGAUGGAGGAGUUGCCUGCCACAAUUGAGAGAAUGCAAUCUUGAGGAUAUCCUGGCGUUGGCAAAUUGGCAAAUCUCAAACUGUGUCAAUUUAAGUAUUGGCCUUCUCAGUUUGAUCAAUGUUUAGGCUGUAGGCUCCACGCCACUUAUACCUCGGUCCACAGUGGAGUUCGACGGUAUACGCACGACAUUCAAUAUCAGCAUCAGAUAAACAGAAUACUGAUUCAGGAGUCUAGAAUAGCUAAAACUGACCGGUAACAAGUAGCCUAUUGCUUGAAUACUCCAAUUUGAGGUCAAAGUUUGACGUGGUGGCGCAAACCUAAAACUCCAAUUUUAACAUCAACAUAUUUGCAAAUAUGACAUAAGUACCUCUAAAAAUAGCUCCG